AUGCUCCGCGGCCAGACCCUCCCCUGGAGAGCUGCGCUCCAUCAAACCCCUCGUCCAUUAUUGCGCCGACCUUUCCUAACGUCGCCAAGGACCAAUGCCAAUGUUCGCUCAGCUUUAAUCACCACUGGCCUUGGCCGGUCGUUUCCCUCGGCGCCCCGCACGUUUUCCUCGAGCUCCAUUCAACGGAAAGAGAAGCCUGUACCGGAGGAUCAAACCGAUGAAUCACAACAAAAACAAGAAGAGGAAACCUCUCAAGAUGAUAAAGAGGUGGAGCGAGCUCCGGAACCGCGACGGAAAGCUUUCGACUCUAGUAAGACCGGCGACCAGGCCCAUACUACACGGAGGAAAGACCGAUCAUCGAGCGACAAGGAACAGCGGGGAUUAGAAGAGGAGGCUAAGAAGGAAGCUGAGGCGGAUGGAAAGGGUGACUCAAAUGCUACACCCUCUCCUAUUCCGUCUAAUGGAGGCUCGGCCGACUCUAAACCUAGCUCUGCAAGUGGCGGUAACAAUGGCGGUAACGACGACGGCGGGAAAAAGGGAAAGAAAGGAUCUGGAGAGAAGGCUUUACAAAAGCCUGCAGUUCCAGAUGUAUACCCGCAAGUUAUGGCGAUUCCCAUCGCAAAACGCCCACUCUUCCCUGGGUUCUAUAAAGCUAUUACCAUUCGAGACCCUAAUGUCGCAGCUGCAAUCCAAGAUAUGAUGAAGCGCGGCCAGCCAUAUGUGGGUGCUUUCUUGUUUAAGGAUGAUAAUGCCGAUGGCGAUGUCAUUGAGAAUUUGGACGACGUCUAUGAUACUGGUGUAUUCGCUCAGAUUACAGCGGCCUAUCCUCUUCGCGGUGAGGCUAGUGGUGUCACUGCGGUUCUUUACCCCCACCGCCGCAUAAAGAUCUCUUCACUUCUCCCGCCAACCGAAGCGACUAAGGGAGCUCCGACAGAAGAGAAGACGGAAAAGAAGGGUGAUGUUGUGGCUAGUUUCGAGGAGGGUGCUGCUGAAGCUGCGCACAAGGACCACUACGAGCCUACGUCAUUCCUCAAAAAGUACCCGAUCAGCUUGGUAAAUGUGGAGAACCUGACAGAGGAGCCGUACGACAAGAAGAACGGUAUCAUUCGGGCCGUGACCAGUGAGAUUGUGAAUGUGUGCAAGGAAAUUGCUACCUUAAACCCCCUCUUCCGUGACCAGAUCUCAGCUUUCUACACCGAUCAGUUCCCUGGAAACCUCAGCGAUGAGCCCGCCAAACUCGCUGAUUUCGCCGCCGCAGUGUCAGCUGGUGAGCUGCAUGAAAUGCAAGAGGUUCUCGAAACUAUGAACAUCGAAGAGCGUCUUCCUAAGGCACUAGUCGUGUUGAAGAAGGAAUUAAUGAACGCACAGCUACAGUCCAAGAUCACCAAGGAUGUGGAAGCUAAGAUUCAGAAGCGCCAACGGGAAUACUGGCUCAUGGAGCAGAUGAAGGGAAUUAAGAGAGAGCUUGGAAUCGAGUCAGAUGGAAAGGAAAAGCUUGUCGAGAAGUUUAAGGAGAAGGCAGAGAAGCUUGCAAUGCCCGAAGCUGUUAAGAAGGUUUUCGAGGAGGAGAUCAACAAGCUCGCCCACUUGGAGCCUGCAGCAUCCGAAUUUAAUGUUACGCGCAACUACUUGGAUUGGUUAACCCAGAUUCCCUGGGGUCAAAAGAGCGUGGAAAACUUUGGCAUCAAGAAUGCGGUUAGUGUUCUAGAUGAAGACCACUAUGGUUUGAAGGAUGUUAAAGACCGAAUCCUCGAGUUCAUUGCCGUGGGUAAGCUUCGCGGCACGGUGGAAGGAAAGAUUCUGUGUCUGGUUGGACCUCCUGGUGUUGGUAAAACCAGCAUUGGAAAGUCUGUGGCUCGUGCUUUGAACCGCCAGUACUACCGUUUCUCUGUGGGUGGCUUGACCGAUGUUGCAGAGAUCAAGGGUCACCGACGAACCUACGUUGGUGCUCUCCCCGGUCGUAUCAUCCAAGCUCUCAAGAAGUGUCAAACCGAAAACCCUUUGAUCCUGAUCGAUGAGGUGGAUAAGAUUGGACGUGGUCACCAGGGCGACCCCUCCUCUGCGUUGCUGGAGUUGCUCGACCCAGAACAAAACUCUUCAUUCCUUGACCACUACAUGGAUGUUCCUGUUGAUCUGUCUAAGGUUCUGUUUGUCUGUACUGCCAACGUCACUGAUACCAUUCCCCGGCCACUGCUUGACCGAAUGGAGCUCAUCGAGCUCUCUGGUUAUGUCGCCGAUGAGAAGAUGGCCAUUGCUGAACGAUACCUGGCCCCCGCUGCCCGCGAACUGACCGGCCUGAAAGACGUUGAUGUGAACCUUGAGCAAAACGCGAUUGAGGAACUCAUCAAGUCCUACUGCCGCGAAAGCGGUGUCCGCAACCUGAAGAAGCAGAUUGAGAAGGUCUACCGAAAGGCAGCAUUUAAGAUCGUCCAGGAUCUGGGCGAAGAGACAUUCCCCGAAGAGGCUGCAUUGACUGAAGAGGGUAAAGCGGCACAAGAAGAGUCAAAGGAGCAUGAGUCUCCUGAUCCCGCAGCUGCCCCGAUUGACCCUGAGAAGUCUACCACCGAGACCCCUCGACAUGCUCUCAAGGUUCCCGAAAGCGUACAACUUCGUAUCGGCAAGGAUACCCUCAAGGAUUAUGUUGGACCCCCAGUCUUUACAGCGGACCGUCUGUACGACAAGUUCCCCCCUGGUGUUACCAUGGGACUUGCCUGGACCAGUAUGGGUGGUGCGGCGCUUUAUGUGGAGUGUAUCCUGGAGAAUGCUCUGAAUCACAACUCGAGACCUGGGUUGGAGAUCACCGGUAAUCUGCAAAACGUGAUGAAGGAGUCAUCGCAUAUUGCCUAUUCCUUUGCCAAGUCUGUCAUGGCUCGUCAAUUCCCUGAGAACGCUUUCUUUGAGAAAGCCAAGGUUCACCUGCAUUGUCCCGAGGGAGCCGUACCUAAGGAUGGUCCUUCUGCCGGUAUCACUAUGGCCAGCUCACUUCUUUCCCUGGCAUUGAACCACUCUCUCGACCCGACCGUUGCGAUGACCGGUGAAUUGACCGUUACCGGCAAGGUUCUGCGCAUUGGUGGCUUAAGAGAAAAGACCGUGGCUGCUCGUCGUGCUGGUGCCACAAAGAUCAUCUUCCCAGCAGACAACACAUCUGACUGGCUUGAAUUGCCCGAGAAUAUCAAAAAGGGCAUCGAAGGCCACCCUGUCAACUGGUACUCUGAUGUAUUUAACAUUCUCUUCCCUGAUCUGGAUCAAGAGGCUGCGCGUACCCUUUGGCAGAAGGCACUGGCCAAGCCCAAGAAAGACGAGAGCAAUGCUGCUACUGGUGAUGAGGAGUAA